CUUGUUAAUUACGUACAUUUAAUAAUAAUUCUUAUUUUUAUUAGUGCAAGACUAUAGCUUUUAUUUCACUUUACAAGCUGUUGCAUCAUGGGAUCUCAGCUUCCACAUGGUCACGAUUACAAUUCACACAUACACCCGGGUAUAGGCUACAGCUCUAGCUGCUCUACUAUUGGCUCCUCGGCAUCGGAAGGCCGUGUGUCAGCGUCGGCUGAACAAAAGAUAUAGAGAGAGGCAGAGACGCACAGGUCGGGCAGACUGGCAGCGCACCGGCUCAGAGAAGCCGGAGAAGAGAGACGAGAAAACGGGGUUUUGUAAUGAGUGUCACAUCUCGACUCAGCAGCGAGUAGAAGACAAAGUAUCAAACUAGAAGCAUCAUGGUUGCCGGCGAGCUCGUGCAGGAGCAUCUGCGCGCGGAUACUGGCGCACCUGACGACAUCACGAUCGGCAGGAAGACUUCCGAGCUGGAGGGUGCAGCGGAGCGAUGCGCGGGUUCGACCUACGGAGCGGCGCCGACGUGCGGGACUGGGGAGACAGACACCGAGCGGGCGCUGGAGCAGGAGAAGGAGGUGCCGCCGGAUGAAAGAGAGGCGAUGCUGCCCAACGGAGGAGAGGCGGAGGAGAAGGAAGGGACGAAGUUAGAGACGAGACUGUACCGGCGCCGGUUCGCCGUGCUGACGGUUUUCAGCCUCUCCUCCUUGGUGAACGCCUUCCAGUGGAUCCAGUACAGCAUCAUCACCAACGUGUUCACCCAGUACUACGGGGUGACUAACGACAAGGUGGACUGGCUCUCCAUAGUUUACAUGGUCGUCUACGUGCCGCUCAUCUUCCCGGCCACUUGGCUGCUGGACCGGAAGGGUCUGCGGCUGACGGCCCUGCUGGGCGCCGGCCUCAACUGCGCCGGCGCCUGGCUCAAGUGCGCCAGCGUGAGCCCCGAGCUGUUCGGAGUCACCGUCACCGCGCAGGUCAUCUGCUCCGUGGCGCAGGUGUUCAUCCUCGGCCUGCCGUCCCGCAUCGCCUCGGUGUGGUUCGGACCCCGGGAGGUUUCUACCGCGUGCGCCACGGCCGUGCUCGGGAACCAGUUGGGAACAGCCAUAGGCUUCCUGUUGCCUCCAGUUUUGGUUCCCAACACACCCGACGACGUUAAUCGGACGGGUCACAACAUCAGUAUCAUGUUCUACGGCACUGCUGCUGUCUCCACGGCCCUCUUCAUCCUCACAGUUAUAGUCAUAAAGGACCGCCCUCUCCUCCCUCCCAGUCAUGCCCAGGCCGUCCUACCAGACUCUCCUCCUGAAGAUUACUCCUACAAACAGUCCAUCUUCAACCUGAUAAAGAAUAAAGCAUUCGUCCUCCUGCUCAUCAGCUACGGUAUAAUGACUGGUUCCUUCUACUCAGUCUCAACACUUCUCAACCAGAUGAUCUUGGCCUGCUAUGAGAAACAGGAGUUGAAUGCUGGGAGAAUUGGUUUGACUCUGGUUGUUGCUGGAAUGGUCGGCUCCAUCCUCUGCGGCCUGUGGCUGGACCACACAAAGACAUACAAGAUGACGACUCUGAUCGUGUACAGCCUGUCGUUUCUGGGCAUGGUGGUCUUCACCUUCACUCUGAACCUCAACAACAUCUACCUGGUCUUCUUCACUGCUGGAGUCCUGGGGUUCUUCAUGACGGGUUACCUGCCCCUGGGCUUUGAGUUUGGGGUGGAGAUCACAUACCCAGAGUCUGAAGGAACAUCGUCAGGACUUCUCAAUGCUUUUGCUCAGAUAUUUGGGAUCAUUUUCACUCUGAUUCAGGGCAAACUGACCACAGACCACAAUCCACUGGCUGGAAAUCUCUUCCUCUGCGCCUGGAUCUUCCUGGGAAUACUGCUCACUGCCUUAAUUAAGUCAGAACUGAAAAGACACAACGUCAACAUGGGAGCAGACAGCAACCACCUGCAAGCAAUUCCUACUGAGUGUCCUGGUGACUGCCCUUCAGAAAAGAAAACCAACGGAGUCAAGCUGGAACCCUCGAUCAGCUUCUCCCAUGAAACCUCACUGUGACCCUGCCAAGUCACUGGAUCGCAGGACAACUAAGAAGGUCUCCCUGCUGCCCUGGGAUACAUGUUGGCACCACACUCUAUGUGAAGUACCUAAAGGUGCACUUGAUUUUUAUUGCCAAGCAUAAUGUCCUCGAUAAUUGGUUCGCUGGAGGCUCUGGGUGAGCCUCCAGCUUAAUCAAGCACAGCCACAAUCUACUGUGGAUUCAAGCCAGGUGGGUGACCAACAAGGCACAGAGAAAGUUGGUCAACGCUCCCCCCAAGCUGUUUGACUCCUUCAGAGCUCCUCUGCAGUAGGUCCCUCGUGCUCACAAACACUUGCAUAGAAGAAGCAUUACCUCCAAUUGACAGAACGUUUCAUCCUGGAAAGGUCAUUGGCGAUUGGAAAACAGAGUAUGCAAGCAAUGACAUGCAGAAGAAGCUCCACUGCACUUUAUUUGUAUUGUAGGUCAAUCAUGGCACUUGAAAAUCCAGUUUCAAAGGAAAACUGGCUGGUAAAACAAGCUUCCAAUUCCUAGAUCACCAUCACAAAGUUUGCUGUUCUCUAAAUUCUUGAUGGAUCAUAACAGCAUGGGAAGUUCUUUAUUUGGAGUGUCUGGGAGGAAGAACUAGAGAGCCAUUCUGUUUGGUUUUGUACUGCAGCUACUGCACAGGGCCAACGUUUCCUGAGUUUACUUGAAUUAUGCCUUCAUGCUCUGGACUGAAGCUGUGAAGCACAUGUAAAUGUUGUUAAUAUUGCUUCAUUUGAUUUCUUCUUUACUUACGACACUUGUUAUGAUGAUUAUUGAAGAUGACGGCACAUCUGAAAUUUGUUUUGAAUAACGAUAGUCGGCAUAAAUUAUGCUUAUUUUCCUACAAUGCUGCGCGCAUAUUAGACAGGAGAAGCAGAAUCAAAUUAUUUUGCAUGGUUUGUUUUAGUCGGCAUAAUAGUGGGCGGACUUUGUCACAAAUGAUAUGACAGUAAGUCCAAGGAGGUCUAGACUUUUACAAGUACAUGAAAGUAAACGCAGCUCACUCAACUGACACUGUCUAAAAUCAUGUGGGAAUCCUCACAGGUGUUUAUUUACAGCUUCUCUUUUUGACACAGGUUACUGUAUUUGUGAAUGUGCUUUUUAUUUGCUGGGAUCCAUAAAUAGGUGGAGUUAAGUUCUUACAUUGUGACUGACUGCGCCUACCUGGUACAGCAAAAAAAAAAGCUCAGUAAACGCAGGAUAACAAGUCAGUUCUUUCAUGACAAAUGACUGAGGCAAGGAGGAAGGGGAAGGUAAGUAGAGGCCAUUUACAACAGUUUACUUGCUGUGAAGGGCUCCUGACAUAACUGAUACCAAGAAUCAAAACACUAUGCUUAUGAUUCAUGUAAUUGUAAAUGUAAAAGUAAUUCUAUUCAUUUAAGGUCCAGUGUGUAGGAUUUAGUGGCAUCUAGCGGUGAAAUUGCAGUUUGCAACCAUUGGAAUACCGCUCGCCUCACCCUCCCCUUCCAAGCAUGUAGGAGAAACUACAGUGGCCACAAAACUUGAAAAAAAUGCAAACAGCCCUAUCUAGUGCCAAUGUUUGGUUUGUCCGUUCUGGGCUGCUGUAGAAACAUGGCGGUGCAACAUGGCGACCUUCAUGGUGCUCCGGGCUUUGAAGCCAAUUUGACAUAGUGGCCAAACCAUGGAAUUACAUUUUUGGGUCCGUCACAUGAUGCACACUGGUCCAAUAGGCUUACAAGAAGCGGCUGUAAAACGAUGGAUAAAUUUUUUUGAGUGUCACAACUCCCGCGAAAUGACUCGUUUUACUAUCAGAAUUUGCUCCAUUUGGUCCGAUCAUUUGGAAAGUCCAGAAGAGCCGCAUGAUUAAAUCAUUUUAUCCUCAUUCAAGUUAGUGGGGGGCUAAACCGGAAGUUAGCCGGCUUGGCCGGCAGAGUCUCUAGUGUGCUUGUUCUAUGGGCCACACACAUGUGGAAGAUCUGGGUGAAAUGAACAGGGUCCCGCCUUCGACGCUGUAUCCAGUUCUCUUUAUACAUCCAUGGGACCCGCUCCCUAUGUAGAUAAAAACUGUUUAUUCUAAGGGAAUGAAAACAUACUGAAUGAAAACAUACUUAUAAAUAUUAUAUUCCAUUUCUGCCAAUAGCUCCUCCUAAAUGUUACACACUGAACCUGUAAUUUAUUAUAAGUCCAAAUCUUAAUGUGAAAAAGUUGCCAUCACAAUAAGUUCCAGCAAACGGUUCUGUAAGGUCUUGAUGGAGAGAAGUUAAACUUGUUUUGAUGACACCAUCACUGGGCUCUAAUAGGGUUAAAGGAGAUUAUGACAGAGAAAUUACUAUCUGCUGUAGUAAAAUAGAAUAUGUAUGGAAAACAUGCCUGGCUUGUACAAUGGCUUACCGACAACACAACAGUGUUGCAGUGUUUUCCUACACAAACCACAAUGGACCAAACUGAAUGUGCACAAAAAGAAACACACGCACAACUUCAAGUUUUAUACUCAAAUGCAUGAUUUCAAAUGUGUUUUUAAUGUUGACUCCUGUCCGUUAUUACACUGAGUCUGUAUGUCACAGCUCACUCAAGCUGGUGUUUGUGAGAUGUGCAGACAUGACAGAGGAAUAGCGCCAUCUUGUGGGGUUUUCUACAGUAGUAACAAAGCAAGCAGAGUGGACAGGAGAAGCACAAAAGUGUUCAGUUAUUUCCAUAAAAGAAAAAGAUACUAAUUUAUUUUCAGAUCCAUCUCUUCAUUUGAUUUUUGUUGUAUAAAAGUUUGUCUUGUAGAAGGAAUUCUGGUUUUUGUAGCUUUCUUUACCCAUUUAUAACUUAAAGUAUACUUUUUUACUUAGUGUGAAUGUAUGUUGCCAACUUUUACAGUUUUAAAAUUGACACCCUGCCUACACUGGAUGUGUUUUAAGUUGUUUAUUUGAUGUUCAUCUGGCAGAACAGAUAAGCAUUUUUUUUAGGCUUAAAGUCAAAUUUAUAAGUACAUUUUUUUUGUAGAUGAUUUUUUUUUUAUUUAAAAUAAAAAAAAACUAUAAACAGCCAGCGUAGAAAAGGUUUCAAUCAUAGUCAUCUGG